AUGGCAGUCCUCAAGGUCACCUACCAGUCCGAGGUGCGUCGGUGCCUCCUCGAGAGCACUACGCCCAGUUUCGAGGAGAUCACCAGCAACGUAAGCCGACUCUUCCCCGAAGCCAAGGACUGUACCACCCGGUACCUCGACGAGGAAGGGGACGCGUGCACGCUUUGUGAGGCCUCGCUCGGGGAUUUCUUGGCCCAGGCACGAGCCAAUGGUGUGGACAUGGCAGGCAGCACGGGCAAGGUGGUUCUCCGCCUCGAGCUCGUGAGCCUCCCAAAGCCCCUGCCUCUCCUCGCAAAGGCCGUGCCUCAUGUGCCUCUCCAGGAAGCCGCAGACACUGCCACGGCCCCCAAGGCACCACCAGCGCCAGAAGAUGGGGAGUCCAGUCAGGUGCCCUGGAACGCUCCCGACGCUGCCUGGGACCCGCAAUGCAAGGGCAAAGGAAACGGCAAGGGCAAGUGGGGCAAGUGGGGCAAAGGCGGCAGUGGCAAAUGCAGGUUUGGGUGGCAAGGCAAUUGGCAUGGCCACUGGCACGGCCACAGCCAUGGCGAACAGUCGCAGCAGCAUGAGGAGCACCCCUGGUGGAGCUGGCACGGCCGCCAUCAGUGGUUCCAGUCCGAGCCGGUGCACUCGCUGGCUGCUGCCCUUUCCCCGCAGGCGCCCGAGGCCCUGGGCCGUCCCCUCUGUGCGAGCAGGGUGCAUAAGAUGGUUGAGCUUCCAGAGGAGCUUUGGUCCUUCCUCGGCCGCAACAGCCUCCAGAAGGCUGAGCAGGACCUGGCACGCUUCCUUGCCGAGGUGUCGCCGGAAAAUGGCGGCCAGUUCUUGUUGUCCUUGGUGACUGAGCUGGAGGCCUUAGGCUUCGAUGAGAAGCUGAACUUCCUGGCCACGUUCUUCGAGUCCCAGCACGACCGGCUUCGCAACGGCCUGGGCAGGCUGGAGGAGAGGCUCCCCUUCUUGCCGGGCCUCUUGGUGCAUCAGGGGGUGGUCUGCGAUGGCUGUGGUGCAAACCCUCUGCUUGGCCCUCGCUUCAAGUGUGGCUCCUGCCCUGACUACGACCUGUGCGGGGCAUGCUAUGCCAGAAGGCUGGAGGUGCAUGGAGGUGAGUGUGCCGCACAUGAGUUUGACUGCAAGCUGUCAGAGGCGACGCACCCCUUGCACAUGAGGCUCAUGAAUCAUGCAUUCAAGUCCAAGCAUUGUGGGCCCUUGGCCUUUGUGCUGGGCCUCCUCGGGCAGGGUGGCCAGUGCCAGAAAUGGGGUAAAUGCAAGGGAAAGGGCAAGCGCGGGGUCGAAGAGGCAGGCCUGACCGACGACACCAGUGCCACCCGGGCGUGUGCCAGCUCAGGCUGCGGCUAUCGGGCCACGUGGCACCAGACCCACUGCUGCCAGACCUGUGCACGCCGCCCUGGCUCGCAUGGAGGUCACUGCGAUCGCUCCCACAACUUGACCGAGAAUCCCUCAGAGGAUGUCGAGCACAAGGCCGCUAAGUGCUGUGCCACAACGGGCUGCCAAUACCAGGCGACGAAGGGUGACUACUGCUGUGGGGCAUGUGCAAAGGGCAAGCGCUGUGGACAUGGCAGGCGCUGCGAGGGCAUCAUAUUCAAGAGUGGCAUGGUUGCAUCGGACAGCAGCGAGGAUUCCGAGAGCAAGGCCCUGGACGGCAAGCGCUGUGCGACACCGGGCUGCCAGUACCAGCCCACUUGGCAUGAAAAGUACUGUUGCAAGGUAUGCGCCAAGGGUCGUGGUGCCCAUGGUUCCGGUUGUGACAAGGUGAUUGCGUCAGAGAGUGGCAGCAGCGAAGAUGUCGAGCACAAGGCCGCUACGUGCUGUGCCACACCCGGCUGCCGAUACCAGGCGACGAAGGGUGAGUACUGCUGUGGGGCAUGUGCAAAGGGCAAGCGCUGUGGACAUGGCAAGCACUGCGAGGGCAUCAUAUUCAAGAGUGGCAUGGUUGCAUCGGACAGCAGCGAGGAUUCCGAGAGCAAGGCCCUGGACGGCAAGUCUUGCGCGACACCGGGUUGCCAGUACAAGCCCACUUGGCAUGACAAGUACUGUUGCAAGGUGUGCGCGAAGGGUCGUGGUGCGCAUGGUUCCCGCUGCGACAAGGUGAUUGUGUCAGAGAGCGGCAGCAGCGAAGAUGUCGAGCCCAAGGCCGCUAAGUGCUGUGCCACACCCGGCUGCCAAUACCAGGCGACGAAGGGUGAGUACUGCUGUGGGGCAUGUGCAAAGGGCAAGCGCUGUGGACAUGGCAAGCAUUGCGAGGGCAUCGUCUUUGUCAGCAAGGUGGAAGCAGCCCAGGGGAACAGCAGCGAGGAUUCCGCGGCUGUGAGCAAGCAGCCUGGGACACCGGAGGCGAAUGAGACAAAGGCGGCCGGCAAGCCUUGCGCAGCUGAAGGAUGCACGUACCAGGUGACCUGGCACGAGACGCAUUGCUGCCAUGCCUGCGCGGCCCACGGGCCCAAGGCCCACGGCCCGCAUUGUGAGAAAGUGCAGCAGUAG